AUGCGCGUUCGCAGCAGCAGCAGGCCCAGCAGCAGCAGCAACGGCAGAAGCCGCAGCAGCAACAGCAGCAACAGCAGCAGGAGCAGCGGUCCUGCUGCUAUUGCUGCUGUUGCUGCUGCUGCUCUGGCUGCUGCUGCUGUUGAUGCUGCUGCUGCUGCUGCUGUUGAUGCUGCUGCUGCUGCUGCUGCUGCUGCAGGAGGGUACGGGUACGUGUCUCUUGUGCGGGAUGUGCUGACUGAGGAGACGUUUGCGCUGAAGCGGCUGCCUUAUCAAGAUAAAGAGAGUUAUGAAGCAGCAGCAAACGAGUUGCUGCUGCUGAGAUCUCUCCCUCCUCAUGAAAAUGUUGUCGGCUGUCAUGGGGGCCUCUUAGGGGGCCCCCAGGGUACAGGGGGGGGCCCCCAGGGUACAGGGGGGGGCCCCGGUGAAGUGCUGCUGCUGCUGGAGUACUGCAGCGGAGGCAGCCUUUUAGAUUUGCUGCAGCGCACAAAGAGGCCCCAAGAUGGUUUACAAGAAAGCGUUAUUAGACGUGUCUUGCUUCACGUUGCCAGAGGGCUUGCGCAUUUACACUCUCAAACCCCCCCUAUAGUUCAUUGCGAUCUAAAAGCAGAAAACAUAUUAUGGAGGCCCCCUUCAUCAGAAGGGUACUGUGGGGGGCCCCCUGGGGGCCCCCCUAGUGGGGGCCCCCCCCUUAAUGGGGGUACCCAGGAGGGGGGCCCCCCUUCUGUGGGGGGCCCCCCUUCUGGGGGGGGCCCCUCCUCGUUCUUGUUGGGGGGUUUGUGGGGCCGGGGUGGGGCCCCCAGAGGUGCCGAUACACCUGAAGAGCCUGAAGGCUUGCGAGGAGUUUUUAGGGUUUGCGAUUUUGGUAGUUGUAUGCGGGGGAUCGUCGAUCCCAGCAGUGGGGGGAGAGAGUUUAAGUUGCUGCUAAAGGAGAGGAUUGAGAAGCAUUCAACUCUUGCCUACAGGGCCCCCGAGAUGGUGGAUCUCUACCUUGAGUACCCUGUGGGGCCUCAAGCAGACAUCUGGCCCUUUGAAGGGGCCUCUGCACUCGCCAUCAGCAACGGGGCGUACACCAUACCCCCUACCCACAAGUACUCUGAAGAGUUGAUGUCUUUGCUGCGGUGUCUCCUUUCCCUACGCCCGUGGGAUAGGCCCACAGCACAGCAGCUGGCUGCUGCCCUCGAAACCCCCGGGGGACUUGGAGAGCUGCUGCAGCAGAAGCAGCAGCAGCAGCAGCAGCAGCAACAGCAGCGGAGGAAGCACCGGCAGCGGGAUGCCUCUUCUUUUGCGGGUAAAGAUGAGAAGCACACAAAGAAGGGUCCGCCAGAGGCAGAAGAGGAAGACUUUUUGUUUGACCCGUCUGCUGCUGCGCCUGCCUCUAAGCAGCAGCAGCAGCAGCAGCAGCAACAGCAACAGCACGCAGCAGACCCAUGGGGAAAGCCGAACUUCCUGCAGCAAGGAGACCCGUGGCAGCAGCAGCAGCAACAACAGCAACAGCAGCAGCAGCAAGACCAAAGCCCUCCUUGGGAAGCUUCGGAGGCUUUCAGUCAGUCGCUCCAGCAGCAGCUGAAGCAGCAGCAGCAGCAGCAGCAGCAGCGCCGAGGAGAAAAGAUGCAGGGGGGCAUUGAAACGGCAGCGGGGGGCUUUGCUGAGGGCAGUAGAGACUUCGAUAUUGCUGCUGCAUUCAGCAAGGCCUCUAGUAUUAGCAGAAACAAUAGCAGCAGCAGCAGCAGCAGCAGCAGCAGCAGCUCCAGCAGCAAAUGCACCAGCAACAAUAGCAGCAGAAACAAUAGCAUCAGUAGCAAUAGCGGCAGCGCAGGCAGCAGCAGCAGCAGCAGCAGCAAUAGCAGCAGCACCAAUGGCAGCACGAGCAAUAACAGCAACAGCAGCAGCAGCAAUAGCAGCAACAGCAGCAGCAGCAGCAGCAGCAGCAGCCAACCAACAAAGCAGAGGAAGGCCCACUGGCAGAGUUUGUUUUUGCUUGAAGGCUUUCAUUCCCCCACAGCAGCAGCUGCUGCUGCGGGCGAUGCUGCUGCUGCUGCUCCUGUUGCUGCUGCAGCAGCAGCACCUGCUGCUGCUGCUGCUGGCUCUAGUGUGAAUCCUUUUAGCCCUACCUCCUUCCCUAGGGGCAGCCCCAAAGGGCUCAGCAUGCCGCUGCUGGAGCAGCUGCUAGUGAUGCGGCAGCACCUCCCCCAGCAGCAGCAGGAGCAACUGGAGCAGCAGCAGCAGCAGCAGCAGCAGCAGAGGCGUUUCAAGGAGACAAGAGACUUGGGGGGAUUUCUUACGGGGGCAGAAGGCCCUUUAGAAAGAGACAGUAAAGAGAAAAGCUGCAGCAGCAUUGCUGCUGCGUGCGCUGCUGCUGUUGCUCGCAGCAGCAGCAGGAACAGCAGCAGCAGCAGCAGCAGCAGCAGCAGCAGCAGCAAGGGAGCAGCAGCAGGGGGAAGAAGCAGGGGAGAGGUGCUGCUGCCUGUGUCUGUUGAUGUUUGUUUGCUGCGGCUGGGAGAAGCUAUGCCUCAGCCUGUUGAAGGAGUAAGGAGACAGCAGACAGGAGAGGAGACACCCGAAUAA